GAGAUCAUCAACAUGGCGGACGAGGACGAUCAUCCCGACAGCAGUGGGAAAGAGGAAGAACCCGCUAACGCCGGCAAGAGAAAACGUCUUUUUCACAAAGAAUUGCGAUGCAUGAUGUAUGGCUUUGGUGAUGACCAGGCUCCUUUUACAGAAUCGGUUGACUUACUUGAGGACUUGGUCAUUGAAUAUAUUUCUGAAAUGACCGUAAAGGCGAUGGCAAUCGGAAAAAAAGGACGUGUUCAUGUUGAGGAUAUUGUGUUUUUAAUCCGCAAGGACCCGAAAAAAUAUGCCAGAGUGAAGGAUUUACUGACAAUGAAUGAGGAAUUGAAGAAGGCGAGGAAAGCAUUCGACGCCGAAAGUUAUGGUGAAAUUAGUUGAUGUUUUCAUCGCGAUUCUCCGAGAAACUUCACGCGUUCCGACAUCAAAACAAAAACACUUUCAAACUUUGUGCGCGGUGGGGAACUGUGCACGAGAAUGCUACACUAUCCAGCGACAUUCACAACUGAUUUUUAUGUAUUAUCUUUUGAAAAUAUUUUUGAUUUUCGUGUAUUUGAGCGUAUGAGAGGUAGAAUGAUGCGAACUAGGGGAGGAUAAAAGAAAAGAUAAAUACUUAGAAAAGAAGAAAAAAUGUAAAAAUCGUCGUGAGCAGGAUUCGAACCUGCGCGGGAAAAUCCCAUUGGAUUUCGAGUCCAACGCCUUAACCACUCGGCCAUCACGACUGAUAUUAAACUUGGUGUUUAGUAAUGGGUUAUAAAUAAAAUCAGAGUAAGUGCACAGAGUAAGACAGUGAACUCUAAUAAAACAUGCCAUUGGAAUGACACCGCAGAAAUUGGUAUA